GAGAGAAACAGUCAGGUUACGAAAUACUCUAGCACAUAUGCAUACAUUAGUACCUUAAUAACAUAUACAAUAGCAUUGAUUAAGGAAAAGGAAAUGGAGAAAAGGAAAUACCAACAAUUAUACAGUCAGUUAGAGGAAAAGACCAAGCAAUUUCAAAAGCUACAGAACAUGUACGAGAAACUCAAGCGAAAGACUAUUCAGCCAAAUAUGCAGCAGCAACAGAAUAGCCUUAUUCCAACCGCUUCGUCAGUUAUAUCAUCGGCUACAAGAAUGCCUAUGGUGCACAAAGAACAGGAUAUACAAGUCAUAAUAGUAGAUCUACGAUUGCUGGAACAAAUGCACCUACAGCAUUUACGCCUACUGCACCUCUUGCAGCUCCAGCAUCUGCAAGAAGACCAUCACCUUCUGUAAGAACAAGCAUUAGUAGGAUACCUCCUC